AUGCUGAGGUGUAUGGGUGAGUCCAAGAAAAAAACAAGUGAGGUGGUAACCAUGUGGAUCCCCACCCCGAGCAUGACUCGUCCUCAGCGGCUGCUGCUUUACGGGUCGUGCGUGGUGGCCUUAUUAAACUCUCUGGGUGUCCUGGUGCUUCUGCUUCGGCAGAAUCAACAGCAUGUCCUUCUGGAGCGGACGGAGGCCAGGCUGACCGAAGUGGAGGGGAGCUCGGUGGUGGAGUUCCUCCGUGAGGUGCCCAGGGAACCCAGGAAUGGUGAACCUCAGUAUCAAUACUCCAGAAACAAGAGAAGCGAUGCACUGGAGGAGAGUGCGCCAGUAGUGACGGGGAAGAGGGUGCCAGGGACGGAUGAGGAGCACAAGAUGGAGCAAGUGCUAGAGAAGGAGCUUUACAGUGGGGGAGGUGUGGAGAGCAGUCAGCAGGAGGUCAGCCAAGAAGUCAAUGUUGAGACUGACAUGAAGCCCAAGCUGAAUCGCAAGCACAAGCACCGACAUAACCAGCUUUACCGCAAGGAGUACGUGCACGAUGACAUGAUGAUGAUGCUCACUUACUCCAUGGUGCCGAUAAAAUUGUUGAUCGACAUUUGUAACAGCACCAAAGGAAUCUGCAUAGCAGGCCCCCCAGGACCACCUGGUUUGCCCGGUGUGGAUGGCAUGCCAGGCACAAACGGGACAGACGGCGCUCCUGGACUGAACGGGCUUCCUGGAGCUGACGGCAAACGAGGAAAAAGAGGACCUGCAGGUGAAAAAGGCGAGCCAGGUGAAAGGGGAGAACAAGGAGAACCGGGCCCCCCGGGAGAAGACCCACAAUCAUCCAAUGAUGUUAUCAUCGAGGGUCCUCCUGGUCCCCCUGGACCACCUGGACCUGUGGGACCCCCUGGACCUCCAGGACCUCAAGGGCCCCCAAGGACAAGGCACCACAGAGCUAACCUGCAGGCUGCACAGACCAUGGAGCCACUAUAUUCAAUCCCAAAUGAUGAGACUUCAUUUGUGAGGCCAACCGGGAGGCUACACGAGAAGGGAGCAAAGCAAAACGAAUGCCUGAUAAAAUCUCUGAUCAACCCCAGAAAUGUGACAAAGAUGGAGAGCACAUUUGGCACAUGGAUGAAAGACACGGCUGUGCUUAAUGAGGAGCGUGUAUGGGUUGCUGAACACUUUUCGGGUCGUGUUCUGAGGGAGUAUCAGAGCAUUGCCUCUUUCCAACACAACAGUUGUGACACAGUCAAUGUGAGAAAGUUCUAUCAAGGCUGCGGUCACACAGUGCACAAUGGCUCCUUCUACUAUCAGAUCGCCGGCACGUCCAGCAUUGCAAAAUUUGAUUUGGACACCAAGAAGCUUCACACACUCACUAUCGAUCACGCUCUUUAUCACAACUUGGACUAUCUGCUGCAAAAUUCAAAGACUUACUUCAAGCUGGCGGCGGACGAGAAUGGUCUGUGGCUGAUCUUUGCCUCCAACGUUGACGAGAGCAUUGUGGUUGCCCAACUUGACCAGAAGACAUUUUCCAUCACCUCUCAUAUCAACACGACAUACCCACGAACCAAAGCCGGCAACGCCUUCAUCGCAUGCGGGGUUCUGUACGUCACAGACACUAAGGACGCCAGGGUCACCUUUGCGUUUGACCUGCUAAAGGGCAAACCGGUUAAUGUAACCUUUGACCUCAGGCCUCCAGGUGGGGUGCUGGCUAUGCUCUCCUACAGCCCGAAGGACAGACAUCUGUAUGUGUGGGACAACAACUACGUCAAGCUGUAUGUUGUCCACUUCAUCUCUGAUGAGUGA